AAUUCAUAAAUUUCAUUCAAUUUAGUUAAUAUGAUAGUACCAUACAAUCCAGUUAAUACUAUUAUUACCAGAUGUUCUUUAUUUUAUAUUAUUACAUAUACAUUCUUUAUCGAUAUUAUUUUGUAUGCAAUUAAACAAUUAAAUAAUUUAAUAUAUUUAUCUUUACUAACAUUUACAAUUUUUGAAGUUUUAACUCAGAAAUGUGAGAAGUAAUAGAAAAUAUAGAAUAAGCGACAAAUUCAGGUUGGAGUCGUAAAUGUCAGUUUCUGUAAAAGCCAGUUUCGUUUUCUUUGCUUUGCAACUUGAUUAGAAAAACACGAUUAAAUAAUUAUGUUGUAUUCAAUUAUCUCUUCUUAGAAUUUGUAAAGAUUUCAAAAGUUACUUUCUAUUCAGGAGUUUAAUGUUGUUACGAAACUGUGACAGUUGAGGUUUGGUAUUGUUUCAUAUGUUAUAUUAAAAACUACUUCUUUAAAAAGAUUUCGUAGGUGAUAUAAUUCCGUGAUAAACACAGAAAGCAAAAUGAGACAACAAAUAAUAGACAUGAAGAUGAAUUCCCAUCCAGUAGGAGAAGCUGAUGAGUGUUUGUUCGAAUAUUUACACACGGAAAUGGUUAAUUACGCUUUGAGUAAAGCAUGUAAUAAAAAGGAAAAGGAAGAAGAACUCAGUCGACUAGAAUGGAUGGGAUUCAGUGUUGGCUAUAGAAUCAUUGAACGAUUAACAUGGGAAGGCAGCCGAUUUAAAGAUGAAUUGGACAUGAUAAAAUUCAUUUGCACAGAUUUUUGGUCUAGUCUUUACCAUAAACAGAUUGAUAAUUUAAGGACUAAUCAUCAUGGUGUAUACAUAUUGCAAGAUAAUUCAUUUCGAUUAUUAGAUAAAGUAGGUACCAGUAGCAAUAAACAAUAUCUUCAAGAAAGUCCACGUUUAUUAGCAUUUACUUGUGGACUUUUGAGGGGGAGCUUAGCAAAUCUUGGAAUAAUUAGUACUGUUAAUGUUGAAAUUUCUAUGUUACCAAGUUGUAAAUUUCAUGUACAAGUACAACAAAUGUAAGAAUUGUAUUAAUUUCAUCAGUUAAGGUAAAUAAAAGAUUUAGAUUUUUUUCGGACAUUACUUAAGCGAAUCAUGGAUAUUGCAUAGAAUUAAUCUUUUGUAUAGGUUAAUUUAUAAGAACAGAAUAAAAAUAGAAGAAAGUAAAUAAAAAGUUAUAUAUAUAUAAUAUAAUGUAUAUAAAUUAUAUAUAAAGCGAUCAAAUACAUAAGCAAUAUUUUAUUAAUUA